GCUUUCCUGAAUGACAGGGGCGAUUGCUAAACUUGGACUGGAGGCGUCCAGAAGCUCCUGUCAGCUGUUGCGCACAUUCCGGUUAAGGCGCAUAAUCCAGAACCGCCGCCUUGGGGAAGCCCACUAUAUAAAAGCCGACAAACUGCAGCUGGUGUUUUCAGAAAACGCUUUGAGUGCAAAAGAAAAGCACCACUGGACUUUAAGUAGCACAUGUAAAUAAACCGGUAGAAUAGGAGAAGUGAAUGUUUAUACUGAACAUUUCUGGAAAAGCAAGGUGGUAUUCAACAGUUUGUGAUCUCAACUGAAAACCUUAUGUAAUAUUUCGUUAAGGUUGUGGUAGUGUAGAAAAAGCAAAGAAAACAAAAGUAGUCUACGUUUGCCCUUCAUUGUCCAGGCGAAUUACACAAUGGCGGACGGAGAGUUCUACCCCUUGGGCAACAGGCAGAGGAUCUCGCGGGACCCGUUUAGAGAUCAGUCACUCGCUUCUCGGUUUAUGGAUGACGACUUUGGAAUGGCACCUUUUUCCGAAGACCUGUCAAUGGACUGGCCAGGCUGGGCACGACCCAGGCUAAGCACCCGUUUGGGCUCACCCUGGACCGGCUCCUUGCGGUCGGGGUUCCCUCGCUCGUCCAGGAGUGGUAGCCCCGGUCCUUCGUUCAGCUCGAUGUACAGCGAGCCCCGUGGUUCGCCCGUCUCUGUCCCGGGAGAGCCAUGGAAAGUUUGCGUGAAUGUGCACAGCUUCAAACCAGAAGAGAUUAACGUUAAAACUAAAGACGGAUUUGUAGAAGUUUCAGGAAAACACGAGGAAAAGCAAGAAGAGGGGAGCAUCGUGACAAAAAACUUCACCAAGAAAAUCCAAAUACCGUCAGAUGUUGACCCCGUCAGCGUCUUCGCCUCCUUGUCUCCCGAGGGGGUCCUCAUAAUCGAGGCGCACCAGACACCCCCUUACUACCUUUUCAGCAGCGAGCCACCCAAAGAGAAGGAAGCGCCGGAGCUCAAAACUCAGGAAGCCCCCUUGGCUUAGGAAGCGUUGGCCUUGAUGAUGGGACGCAAGCACGCGACAGCCCCUCCAACCCCUCCUCCCCUCCUGCCCCAAAACUUCUGUGACAUUUAAGAACGUCCUCCUGAUUAGAUGAGCACACGUCCAUUUACAAGGCUCUGGUCCCCUUUGUAAAAGUCGAGCUGGGGACGCCCCCAUCCUGGACUAACCAGGACUCGCCCCCCCCCCCCUUAGAGUAACCCAAUCAAAUUUCAGAACUAGAAGGUGGCCUGCCCCAGCGGAGCCUAGCUUCUUGGUGGUCAAGAUGUGAAAUGUCAAAAGACAAAGGAAGUUUGCAGGUUACCGUCCACCUGGAUAAUCCCAUGACGCUGAAGGGUAGGCCGUGUAUCGAGCAAGCACCAAUAAAUUAGAUAUCUGCUUUUCAGUGUGACACCAUCCCCUGUGCAAUCCCAUCCUUCACCAGCAGGUCACAUGACCCAGAAUUCUCCAAAAAGGCCACCAGACAGGGUGUUUUUUAUUUUGCCACAUGUGGUACCUUUUUUAAAGAUAAUGUCAAACUGUCCAGAGUUUGCCUGUGUACGUUUGAUCAAGCCGAUCAAAUCGACGUGUAGGUGUGCACACCUCGUCCAUGGAGUGGGCUUGGUUCUCAAUCAUAUUUUGUUGGAGAAAUUUUAUAAGAAAUAGUAACUUCAACAGUGUGUAACAAUGUGUUUUUUUUUCCAUGUGUAAAUAUGUUUUCUCGAGAAAAGUCAAUACAUCGAUCAGUCCAGUGACAUUAUAGAGGUCUUACAAAAUGGUGUUCUUUGCCUUUUUUUUUUUUUUUACUUGUACAUGUGACGGUGUUUGUUAUGCAAAAUGCAUACAUUGUUGACAGCGCUCCACCAGAUGUCUUUGUAAUGUUUAUGAAACAAUAAACCCUCCAGACGCUA